AAAAAAAUAAAAAUAAUAUUGCCGAAUCGCUUCAGUGAAGCAAAACGAAUCUGGUUUCACUUUGCAGAAGUGACUGUGUUCGAACAAUUAAACCAGGUUCUUGUUGUUUGUUAUAUACAAUAAAAAAAAUGUUUCGAAACAGGCAACAAAAAUCAUAGUAACAGCGUUUUUGACUUCGCAAUUUUGAAAUAUUUCCAACUGGCAGAUUUGAAUCUAUAUUUGGCCUGGGUGGGGUCGUUAAAUAAAUACAUAUUACAUUGAGUAGGUGGUUGAAAAGUUCUACUGGACUGAAUUCUUUUGAAAUAACUUCUGGAAUGGACAUGAAAUAAACUCCAAAAUGGAUCAUCAGGCAAUUGGUUUUGAGUUGGCAAAUGCAGGUCCUGCUAAUGGAAAACCCCAUCAUGUCACCCAAAUAUCAUAUCGUCCAUUGCCAGGAUCUGUAUCUUCAGUAGCUCCAGCUCCACCCCAGGGUGGCCUGUACCCUGCAAUGGACCCUAGAUCUCAGGCCCCACCCCAGGGUGGCAUGUACCCUGCAAUGGACUCGGGAUAUCAGCCUCCGCCCCCCACACAGGCACCCAUUGGCUUUGAGAUGUCCAACAUGCCCCAUGACAAUGGUGGUCCUACUGAGGUUGUGUCGGACAAUCCCCCACCCGGGGGCGUAAAGGGGGAGCCUGAAGAGAGAAUUCCUCUGUCACCAAAGCAGGUUACAUCAGAUAUGACAACAGACAACGUACAGGAAGGCCUAUAG